AUGGGGCAGGACACUGGAGCCGGACUGCUGGUGUUGCUGUGUGCAACAUCCUUUAGACAUUCUGUGGCAGAUGGGCUGCGGGGGCAAACAUCGGUCAUCGAAGUGACCAAUGGGGGCCCCUGGGGUGACUGGGCCUGGCCAGAGAUGUGUCCCAAUGGAUACUUUGCCAGCGGUUUUUCACUUAAGGUGGAGCCGGUUCAAGGCAUUCCUGGUGAUGACACGGCUCUGAACGGGAUCCGGCUGCACUGCACUCGAGGGGACACAGAGCAUGUCAUAGAGUCCAAAUCUGGAAGAUGGGGUGUGUGGAGUGAGCCGAUGUGGUGUCCCGACAGAGGGUUCCUAGUGGCUUUUGCACUUCGCGUGGAACCAGCUUUGACUCCUGGGGACAACACCGCAGCGAACAAUUUGCGCUUCCGCUGCUCAGAUGGCACAGAGUUGGAGGGGCCUGGGCUGAGCUGGGGUGAAUUUGGAAACUGGAGCGACUCCUGCUCCAAAGGUGUGUGUGGCUUGCAGACCAAGAUUGAGGAGCCUAGAGGCUUCCAUGAUGACACUGCACUUAAUGACCUGCAAUUAUUCUGCUGCCGAAGUUGAAGUUCUUCCUGCUCUCUUUCAGGCAGGGAUGCUAGACACCUCCUACUACAGUCCCAACUCCCACCAUUAAAAAUUCUCAGUCUUGA